AUGAAGAACAAGUUUGUAGUUUAUGGACUUUGGACCAUUUUACAUUUUCUUCACCUCUUCAACUUCUCUGUUUCUUAUGAAGAUUCCUAUAUAAACUAUGCUGAUCUUCAACCUCUAGUCUUUGAAUACAAGCGAUUCGCUGAAAUCGAAAGGCAAUGCAGUAGAAUUCUAGCUUCAGGAUCCAAAGUAGAACUGACUGAUGCCAAGAUUGAGAACAUUAAGAAUGAACUAUCUUUCUAUAACGGGGAUUGGGAGCAAGAGAACAAUGGAUUAGCCUCUCUUAUGCCUUUUGAUGUGACUGAUUUACCUCUAGGAAGUGAAUCAGAUGCUUUGAAGUUGAUAAAUUUUGAGGUCAAGGAUGUAAAUCCACUUGAUGAUGUGCAAAAUGGAGUGGGUUUAGGUGGGAUAAUGUCUAUAGGAAUAACAAGGAGUAAGUCAUUCAGUUCUGAUCUUAGAACAAUGUUCUCUAUGAACCCUGGUUUGUCUGUUCUGACAAUAGUGUUUGAAGGUGUGUAUGUUGAGAUAAAAGAGAAUGGAGGGGAGAGAGCUUUGUGUUUGUUGGGAAAUACGACAUUUCCAUCUCGAAGAUCGAAUGCUUAUUGGAACACAAGUCCUGAAAAUCAGUGCCCUAUUCUUAUGGAAGAUGAUCAGUUGUUGCUCGAUCUCAAGUACCCAAAGACGUCUAGUCUGUCUGCAGGAGCCAUUCAUGGAGAAAUAAGAAGUGUGCACGAAAGAGAAAGCUUUAAAUUCUUCGAUAAGGUCCUCAUAUCUUCGCAGCUGGGUUGGUGGUCAGAGUAUCAGUUCAGUCAGUUCAAUCCUAGUCAAUCAAGUUCUUGUAAUACAUAUGCUCAUCAGAAAGAGCUGAUGGAAGAUGGUGCAAGCAAUCUUAAUGGUUCAGAUUUCUGUAGAAUCUUCCAAGAAAUGUCAAAUGAGAUUUUUAGUAUAUUGCCUGGUCAUGACACAAACUACGAUCUCACUGACAUUGGGAAACUAGGUCCCUUCGUGCUAGGGAACGAGGGUGUGUCCGUUGACAAGAGUAAUAGAAAUGUAAAACUCGUGAUACAGAAUGUGAAGUGCAAGGAAGAGACUUCUCAUGGGAAAGCCGGUAAUGCAAAGGUAUCAGCAGUACUCAGAGUCGUUCCAGCUCAGUUAGACCGAUUCACAGCAUCAUCAAGGACUGGUUCUUCAAGCAUGACACUAAUGGCUGAAGGCAUGUGGGAUUCCUCCACGGGAAUGCUAUGUAUGCUUGGAUCUGUCCCGAAAGGAAUGGAUGCUAAAGUUUCCAUGUAUUUUCCUCGAUCAUUUUCUAUUAGGCAGAGGAGUAUUGUAUUCGGAAGCAUAGAAGGUUUAUUCUCACCUUUGUUUUUUAAUGUUAUCCAUAGGCCCUUCCAUCUGGAAUCCAGGUAUGGUUGGUAUGUUGAAUCUUACUUAUCGUACAAUUACUCCAAGAUCGAUCAGGCAGAUAAAUUUAGGAAGCAAAGCCAGUCAUUUAGUAUCGCCAGAAUUCUUCAGCAGUCAGUUUUGAGGUAUCCAGCAAUUCAAGAAGCAGGAGGCUUCUUUAGUCUUUCUCAAACCUAUGAUCUAGCAGAUGAAUUAUAUAUUAGUGCUAAAGUUUCUAGUGUAGCUGGGGAAUCAAUCAAGCUGGAAAUGAUCUCGAUAGGUCCAUUUCUUGCACGCUAUGACUAUGCAUAUAAGAUUCAGCAUGAAGGAGUUUUAGCAGAUACUAAAACUUUACUAAAUGAUAACGGUCUCCUGAAUGUUUCUUUGUGUCUGACCAUAUCUGAAAUACCCAUUGUAUCUGUAAGCCGAAGCCACAGAUCUGACACUUCUCUAUUUGUGGAAGGGCUCUAUGAUCCUCGUAGUGGGUUGAUGUAUCUGAUCGGGUGUAGAAUGGCUGACGCGGGUGUUCAUGUUGAACGGAGUUUAGACUGCUUGAUUGAAAUGAAAGUUCAGUACCCGGCAAAGAAGUUACGCUGGUUGAGAGAUUCAAAAAUUGAUAUUAGCAUAACGAGCCAAAGAAAUGCAGAUGAUCCUCUCUAUUUUAGUCCAAUGAAAAUUGAGAGCAAAACAAUUACAUCUUACAUAUACCAACAGAAUGAACAUGAAGGAGAUGUAGCCUUUCGGAAUAUCUUUGAAGGAGUUCUUCGGGUAGUAGUGCUUGCAAUGGAAAUCACCAUAAUAUGGAGUCAAAAACUUUACAUGGACCGAAUUGCAGUAAGAAUUGUUUCAUCAGUAUGUCUUAAUAUGUUUGCCAUGCAAAUUCUCAGCUACACCAUUCUGUUAAGCAUUGGUAAAGAGAUUCUAUUGCCACCAAAAGAAUGUCUCUCUUAUUAUCACGCUUAUAGACUUCUUGCAUAUCAACCUGUGUUAAAAUCUCUCGCUUAUGCUGCUAAGUUUCUUGCAUUAACAGCCCUAUUACUCAAUGCAAUGCUGUUCUGCAAGGUUUCUAAAUUUAGAAAGAGGCUAAAUGAUGAUGAACCCUCCACCACACCGCGUACUCUUGGAGACUGGCGUGUUUUGCUCUCCUUACUCAAGAGAUUAGCUUUCGUUUAUCUAGUUCUUCUUACGAUCAUCAUCACGUUGUCUCUGUAUGAGGAGGGAAAACACGUUAUGGAAAUUGCUUGUUUCGUGCUGGUUGAUUUGCUGAUAGAACUCAGUUUUAGUCUGCAUGAUUUUCCACUUCUACCCCAAAUAUUUGAAAACUGGCAAUGGAAGAACCAGGUCAAGUCUCUCCGGAAAAUUUACUAUAUUGGACUCCCAUUGCUGCAGAUUAUGCUGAAAAUAUAUGAUCGAGUCAGAGCUCCUAUCUCUCACCCAUACGUAGCCAGAGAACCUGAAAAGCUGAACUUAUUUGAUUUUGAAAUUUUGCUUUUGAUUAGCCAAGUGAUUAUAAUCCAUGUUCAACAGAACUUCAGUUACUUUUGGCUCAUAGACUACUUAAAAGUUAUUCAGAUGCUGAAUCCAUGGAAACUGAAGCAGCUCCUAUUCAAACCAAGGCAUCAAUGA